AUGCUGAAAUCGAAGAGGAAAGAGCUGGGACUCUCUUGCAUGUUGAACACCGAGGUGGGGGCAGUUCUAGCCGUGAUACGGCGGCCGAUCGAUCCCACAUCUCAAUUCAUUUCACCCCAAGAAGAUUAUUUUGACUCUUCGCUCCAACAAUCCUUGAAAUCAUUAAGGGGUUUCAUCUUCAAUCCACAUCAAGAAUGGCGAACCAUUGAUCCUUGCAUUUAUCUCUCCCCUUUCCUUGACGUUGUUCAAAGCGAUGGUAUCCCAGCAGCUGCCACCGGAGUUGCUCUUUCAGCUAUUUUGAAGAUUCUUAAACUCGGUAUCUUCGAUGAGAAAACCCCAGGAGCCAAAGACGCUAUUAACAUCGUCGUUACAGGGAUCACCAGCUGCCGCUUGGAACAAACAGACCCUGUUUCAGAAGACGCUGUAAUGAUGAAAAUUUUACAGGUUUUAACAGCGACGAUGAGACACAAUGCUUCGGUUUUGCUCACCGAUCAGGCUGUUUGUACCAUCGUGAAUACAUGUUUUCAGGUCGUUCAACAAUCAGUAACCAGGGGAGAUCUGCUUCAACGCACGGCAAGGCAUACCAUGCACGAGUUGAUUCAGAUAAUCUUUUCGCGAUUGUCCGAUGUCGACGUUAACGAAGGGGAGAGCUCGGAAUCCGAGACCGACGACAUCGAUGAAAACUCGGGGUACGGAAUACGUUGCGCCGUCGAUAUUUUCCAGUUCUUAUGUUCUUUGUUGAAUGUAGUUGAAGUUGUGGACAAUACUGAAGGACCAAUUUGUCACACAGCCGAUGAAGAUGUUCAACUUUUCGCAUUGGUUUUGAUAAACUGUGCUAUAGAAUUAAGCGGUGAUGAAAUUGGGAAACACCCAAAGCUUUUGAGGAUGGUACAAGAUGAUUUAUUUCACCAUUUGAUCCAUUACGGGACUUGUUCAACCCCACUCGUUCUUUCCAUGAUUUGCAGCACCGUCUUGAAUAUCUAUCACUUUCUUCGCAGGUUCAUACGUCUUCAAUUAGAGGCUUUCUUUUCGUUUGUAUUGUUGAGAAUCGCCGCACCAGGAGUUUCUUUGCAACUCCAGGAAGUGGCAUUGGAAGCAAUUAUAAAUUUUUUCAGGCAACCGACGUUUGUAAUCGAAGCUUAUGUAAAUUACGAUUGUGAUCCGGUUUGCAGAAACAUUUUCGAAGAUGUAGGGAAGUUGCUAUGCAAGCAAGCCUUUCCAGGGAACGGUCCAACCUCGACAUUACAAGUCCAAGCUUUCGAAGGAUUGAUUAUUAUGAUUCAUAGCAUUUCUACAAACAUCGAUAAAGAAGAAGAUUCAACCCCAUCAGAUCCAUAUCCUAUUGAAAUUAAAGAAUACAGACCCUUUUGGGUAGAGAAACCCAAGGAUGAUUUAGAAACUUGGGUGGAAUAUAUACGUGUAAGGAAAGCUCAAAAAAGGAAGAUUUUGAUUGGUGCUAGUCAUUUCAGUCGAGAUGAAAAGAAAGGAUUGGAGUAUCUGAAACAUUGUCAAUUGGUUUCUGAUCCACCGAAUCCUAAAUCUUUUGCCUUUUUUUUCCGAUACACUCCGGGGCUGGAUAAGAACAUGAUCGGUGAUUAUCUGGGUGACCCUGAUGAACUUCACAUUCAAGUUCUUAAAGAAUUCACUGCAACUUUUGAAUUUCAUGGCAUGAUUCUCGAUUCUGCUUUACGAACUUAUCUUGAAACGUUCAGACUCCCCGGAGAGUCACAGAAGAUUCAGAGAAUACUCGAAGCUUUCUCGGAGAGAUUCUUUGAUCAACAAUCGUCGGAAAUAUUUGUGACGAAGGAUUCGGUGUUUAUUCUUUGUUAUUCUCUUAUUAUGCUUAAUACGGAUCAACAUAAUCCACAAGUGAAGAAGAAGAUGACGGAAGAUGAGUUUAUAAGGAACAAUAGAGCAAUUAAUGGUGGGCAAGAUCUUCCUAGAGAGUAUCUGUCUGAGCUUUUUCAUUCCAUUUCGAAUAAUGCGAUCACGCUUUUCGGUCAAUCUGGUCCGGUAGAGAUGAACCCGAGCCGAUGGAUCGAGUUGAUGAACCGAGCUAAACUAAUGCAACCGUAUAUCCUUUGUGAUUUCGAUCGUCGAUUGGGAAGAGAUAUGUUUGCCUGCGUUGCCGGCCCGACGAUUUCAGCUCUUUCAGCGUUCUUUGAACAUGCAGACGAAGAUGAAAUGCUACACGAAUGUAUUGAAGGUUUGAUCUCUUUAGCUAGGAUAGCUCAGUAUGGGCUGGCCGACACGCUCGACGAGCUUGUCGCGUCAUUUUGUAAAUUUACGACGCUUUUGAACCCGUAUGCAUCGGCCGAAGAAACCCUGUUUGCGUUCAGCAAUGAUAUGAAACCAAGAAUGGCUACACUUGCGCUUUUCACCAUAGCUAACAACUUUGGAAGGUCGCUUCGAGGCGGUUGGAGGAACAUCAUCGACUGCUUGUUGAAACUCAAACGGCUUAGACUACUUCCUCAAUCGGUCAUCGAAUUCGACGUCGCUUCGUCAUCAGAUGCACCAGAAGGUUCAAAAUCCGAAUCCGGAGUAAUAUUCCCCAAUCAUGAUUCUAAGUUCUCUAAAAACACUGCUGGUGUGGUUAGUCGAUUCUCACAUUUCCUAACACUAGAUAGCAUGGAAGAGUCCAUAUCUCUGGGAAUGAGCGAGUUCGAACAAAAUUUGAAGAUUAUAAGACAAUGCCAAAUCGGGAGUAUAUUUGGCAACAGCUUUCAGUUGCCCGUUGAAGCAUUGAUGAACCUUGGGCGUUCUUUGAUAUUUGCAGCAGCUGGUAAAGGCCAAAAGUUCAGUACACCCAUUGAAGAAGAAGAAACAGUUGGAUUCUGCUGGGAUUUGAUCAUUGCCAUCUCUUUAGCCAACCUUCACAGAUUCCCAGUUUUUUGGCCUUCUUACAGUGAUUAUUUACUUGCAGUUGCUCAAUUCCCUUUAUUUUCCCCUCUCCCAUUUGCAGAAAAAGGCAUUAUUGGCCUUUUCAAAGUCUGCCUCAAGCUUCUAGCUUCAUACCAAGCCGAUAAAACACCCGAGGAACUCAUUUUUAAGUCCAUAAAUUUGAUGUGGAAAUUAGAUAAAGAAAUCCUCGACACAUGUUGUGAGUACAUAACACAGUCAGUGAGCAAGAUUCUGACAGAAUACCCAGCAAAUUUGCAGACACAACUAGGAUGGAAAUCGGUUCUUCAUUUGCUUUCAAUCACUGGUCGACACCCAGAAACCUAUGAUCAAGCAGUGGAAGCUUUAAUCAUGUUAAUGUCCGAUGCCUUCCAUAUCUCAAAGAUAAACUAUGCUUACUGUAUCGAUUGUGCAUUUGGUUUCGUUGCUCUUAAAAACAGUCCUCUCGAGAAAAACUUGAAGAUCCUCGAUCUAAUGUCAGACUCAGUGAAGCUGUUAAUCCAAUGGUAUACAACCGCCUCUGAUCAAACCAACAAUUACAGCUUUUCAAGCAAUACCAGUGCUUCAUCAAGCGAUGAUAACCCCAAAGGCAUAGAAUCCGUCAACUUUAUAAUGAGUUUAUUUGUUAAACUAGGUGAAGCCUUAAGGAAAACCAGCUUAGCACGUCGAGAAGAGAUAAGAAACCAUGCAAUAUUGGCUCUUCGUAGAGGGUUUAAACUAGCUGAAGACCUGCAACUUUCUUCAUCAAGAUGUAUAAGCUGCUUUAAUCUUGUUAUAUUUGCUAUGGUGGAUGAUCAACAUGAAAAGAUGAUUGAAUAUUCUCGACGGGAAAACGCGGAGAGGGAAACGAGAAGCAUGGAGGGGACUUUAAAGCUGUCAAUGGAGCUGCUGACGGAUGUGUAUUUACAAUACUUGAAUCAGAUAAUGGAGAAUCCAGGGUUUAGGACGUUUUGGUUAGGGGUAUUGAGAAGGAUGGAUACGUGCAUGAAAGCUGAUUUGGGAGAAUAUGGGGAAACGAAAUUGCACGAAGUGGUUCCGGAGUUGUUGAGGAAGAUGAUAACGAAGAUGCAGGAAACUGGGAUUUUGGUACGUAAGGAAGAAGAUGAUCUAUGGGAUAUUACAUACAUUCAGAUACAGUGGAUUGCUCCUUCACUUAAAGAAGAGCUUUUUCCUGAUGAAAUAUAA